GAAAGAUCUAUAAAAAGCUACUUUCUACAUUCAUUCUAACUACUUCAUUCUUCCAUAAUUUUCUCACAAACCACUCCAAACAAGAGCAAUAUGCUUUCUUUGCGUUGCCUUCUGUUUUUAUCUCUUCCUCUGUUUUUCACACUAAACUCUCAAGCCAACGACCAAUUAGUUUUCCGCUACCACAAAUGUAACAAUGAUCUCGGAAACUUCACCGACGGUAGUACCUAUCAAAACAACCUUGCCACCGUUCUAAAAAAUAUAUAUUCCAACAAAGAAAUAGACUAUGGAUUCUACAAUUUCUCUUAUGGCCAAAAACCUGACAAAGUAAGCGCAAUUGGAUUCUGCAGAGGAGACCUUAAUCCAAAUGAUUGCCGUGACUGCUUGAAAUCCUCCGCAGUACUUCUCACAGAUCGGUGUCCAAUUCAGAAAGAAGCAAUUGGAUACUACGACCUGUGCAUGUUACGCUAUUCUAAUGCUUCAAUUUUUGGUGUCAUGGAUACUGAUACUGGUUAUGUUUACGAUAUAGAAAAUAAGACAGGGGUGGAUGAUGCAUUUAGUCAAACACUUAAUGGCUUGUUGGAUGAACUUAAAAGCACCGCGGCUGAAGGCGAUUGGCGUAAGAAGUUUGGUAUAAAGAGUGUUAAAGUAAAUGAAUCAAAUAACAACAAUAACGAGACUAUAUAUGGGUUGGUUCAAUGUACACCAGAUUUGACAAAGAAAAGUUGUACUAAAUGCUUGGAUUCAGCUUACGGUAAGUUCUCAACGUGGUGUAAAGACAUGAAAGGUUGUUUGUAUAUGGGACCAAGUUGUUCGGUUAGAUAUGAUAUAGUUCAGUUUUAUCAGUCUAUAGUUAACAGGACGGAGUCACCAGCACCACGGCCAUCGCAAGCACUUCCUCCUAAAUCUGCAUCAACAAACUCGACAGAGUCGCCAGCACCACAGCCCUCUCAAGCACUUCCCCCUAAAUCUACAUCAACCAACUCCACAGAGUCGCCGGCAUCACAGCCAUCUCAAGCACUUGCUCCUAAAACAGCAUCGACAAACUCCACCAACACAGAAUCACCAGCACCACAGCCUUCUCAAACACUUGCUCCUAAAACUGCAUCAACCAAUUCCACCAAUACAUCUCCAGGAUUAGGAAAGAGCAAGAAACUAAGAACUGUCAUCACUAUCGGUAUAGUAGUUGUUGCUGUGUUUGGUUUGAAUUAGGCUUCAGUGACUCUACCCUGCUCAAAUGAAAUACUCAUUCUCUAUUAGCGGAAGACUCAUUGGUUUGACUCAGCACUGUUCUGUCUCUUUGUCGCCGUCGUGCAAGUCGCUGCCACUCGGACCGCCACCAUUACCCCACCUGACUUUAUCAUUCUGUUUUUUCUUUCAUAUUUGUGAUGUGGGGUAUGGUUGGCUAUUUUUUAAUUUUCAAACAAAACUUGUUUGUGGGACAUUCUAUCAUUGAGUGGUUCAACUCGUAAAAUUAAAAUUUACUUUAUAUUGUUGUCCUUGACAAAUUUUAACUAUUGUAAAUGUUUGUAUAAGUAAUUGAUAUCUAAACCUAUGAAACUUCCGGUGCUUCAUAUAAUGUGUGGUGUUUUUUUUUUUGUAACAGA